GUAGCCAGGCCAGCUUGAGAGUGUUCAGCGUAUCUUGUGAGAGUGUGCUUCAGAAGCUUGGUCCUUUUGUGUUCUUGCUCUCUCUGUCUAUAUACCUGUGCCGGCCUUUGAUCUUUCAGGUUGCUGCUUCCUGGGAUGAGAGGCUACCACUACAAGGAGAGAGGGGCAACGCAGUGGUGGUUGGCGUUUCAGUAGGCUGUCAGUGUUCCUCCCCUUGAUUUGAUAAGGUCCUUUUUAAUUCGGUACAACGUUUGACACCUUCCUGAAUCCUGAGCCUGGAAGAUGACCGGCAACGCGUCUUAUCAGCAGCUCGGACUUGGAGUCGACGCCAUGAUGAGCGGCUGCUUCGUCAGCGGCGGCGCCGGCAGCGUGGUCGGCGCCGACACACAGGUCUUCCAUGAUGGCAGCUUCGGGUUCGGCGAACCGGCGGAUGUCGCCGCGAGCUUCUUGAUGGACGGCGGUUCGAUGCUCGCCGGCCAGCUGCAGCUGAUCCGCGCCGCUGCCACGCAGAGCGUGUCGCCGGAGGAGAUGCGCGGCGUCGCCUACGGCGGCUACGGCCCGUCGCCCUCGGAUGUCACCGUUGCUCACGCGCCCAAGGUGGCCAAGCUUGCCGAGGAGACGGAGGGCAGCUGGAUCCACGAGCCGUACUACGGCCCCACGUGGUUCUCCGGCGAUGGCUUCCGGGACCCGUUCGCCGCGGCGGCGAGCGAGCUGUCGCUCAGGCUACGCCCCGAGUCGUUGCCAGCCGGUGGCGUGAACGUCAGCCUGCCGGACCAGUCCUCUGAGGUGAGCUGCUCCGGCUUGACCCACGCGAGCAGCAGCGCCGCCGGCAGUGUGUUCCAGACUCCUUGCGGCGGCGGAGACAUGGCGCGUCCUGGGCCCCUGCACUUCUCUCAUGUCCUGCCGCGGUGGUCGGGGUACGCGCACGUUACGCAGCAGACGCUGGAUGAGUUUGUCGUCUGCCUGCUGCAAGACGUGGCAGGGUUCCCCGGCUCGGCCGGCGGCGGCGGCGAGACGAGCUGCCCGCUGCCAAUAUCGAGCUCUUCCAAGACGACGUCAUCCAACGCGUCCGCGUUUCUCGGUUCGGAAGAGCACGCGCACCAGAAGGUGAAGAACGAUCUCCAGAAGCUGUUACAGCUGCUGGACCAACGGUGCAACCAGUGCGUGGACGAGAUCCAGAGCGCGGCGUCCAAGUACGGCGGCAUGGUCGGCGGCGGCGCCCUCCUGGCGCCGUUCGCGCACCGCGCGGUGUCCGCGACGCACCGGAGGCUCCGGGCGCGGAUCACGGGCGAGAUCGCGGCGGCCUCGCGAAGACGUGAGCCGCCGCCGCCGCCGUCGUCGCUGACGCUGGCCGACAGGGAGCGGAGCUGGGAGUCGGCCUUCAUCCAGAAGCACUGGGCGCUGCGGCAGCUCAGGCGCGGCGACCAGCAGUCGUGGCGGCCGCAGCGCGGCCUGCCGGAGAAGUCCGUCGCCGUGCUCAAGGCCUGGAUGUUCGAGAACUUCCUCCGCCCGUACCCCAAGGACAACGAGAAGGAGAUGCUGGCGGCGAGGAGCGGCCUGAGCAGGAGCCAGGUCUCAAACUGGUUCAUCAACGCCCGUGUGAGAUUGUGGAAGCCGAUGAUAGAGGAGAUGUACGAGGAUCUCAAGAAGGCCUCCGGAGGAGGCGAGGGCGUGGCUGCCUGAACAUCAGAGCAGCUGAGCUGGGUGUCCACGUCCACGAUGGAGUUUCUGUAAACUCUCAGCAAUGCUCUGGGAGCUUUUGUACGACCAUUGAUGCCACCCUGUUAUCUGUAUUUGCAUAACCUUACAACCUUCCUGGCGUAUGUAUAAAAUUGCCAGUAUGCAGGUUGUAUUGUAGACACUUUUUGCCACAUCCUAUC